AUGCAGAAAAACUCACAGUUCAGAGUUAUCAUCGUUGGUGCUGGCGUUACAGGCCUCACGCUGGCUCAUUGCCUAGCCAAAGCUGGCAUCGACUGGGUCCUCUUGGACAAGGGCGUAGUGGCGCCGAGCUUCGGGACUACUAUCACCCUCCAGCCUCAUGGUUGCCGAAUUCUGCACCAGUUAGGUUGCCUAGACGCCGUACUGGCCAAGUGCGAUACCAUGGGCGGUGCGCAUUGCCGUGAUCCCACCGGUAAGAGCUUUGCCUCCAACGACUUCUUUGGUGUCGUACGAAAGUUCGCGGGUUAUGAUACUAGGACACUUGACCGUCAAGUAUUCCUGCGUGAGCUCUACGAGCUACUACCUGAUAAGUCUCAAAUCUAUGAAAAGGCUCGCGUCGAGGAGAUAAUCGAGGAGGAUUCGGUUGCCCACGUCAUCCUGGCCGAUGGUCGUGAGUUUGUUGGUGACGUAGUAGUUGGUUCUGAUGGCGUUCAUUCCAAAGUCCGCGAAAUCAUGUGGGACAAAGCCAACGCUCUAUACCCUGGUAUGAUCACAGUUGAUGAGAAGAGAGCUAUGGUCACUCAAUACAAUGCCAUCGUAAUGGCAAGCUCGCCAGUCCCUGGCAUCGGUGCUCACGACAUGGAAAUCACCUCCAAUGACAAGUACUCCUUUCUCCUUCUCUGCCAGCCAGAAUGGAUAUCUAUCAUUGUGCACAGCAAGCUCCCUGAGAACCAGCAGUGUACAUGGCCCACGCGCCGACGUUAUACUGAAACCGAUAUGGAAGCGCUCGUGACCCCCAACUCGGCUCUUGGAGGCAACACAGCGAUGGAAGAUGCCGUCGUAAUCACGAACAUGCUGCAUGCUCUAUUGGCUAGACAUCCCAACAAAAAACCUAGUGACGUAGAGCUACACGACGCCAUGCGCCAGGAGUACCAAGACACCCGAGUAGAACGUGCUCGGGCCAUAGUCAAAGCUGGAGGUGCCUUGACGAGGCAGCAAGCAUACGACGGAUGGAAGGCAUAUAUCACACAACGAUGGCUGACGCCCAUCAUAGGACUUGAUACAUUAGCACAGAAGAUUGCAGGUUUAUGUGUCACAGCGCCUAAACUGAGCUUUGUCGAGUUUGAAGAGAAGAGAGGAAUUAUGGGAUGGCAAGACACGAUAGAGGCUGAGAAGAAGUAUGCAAUGAAAGGUAAGGCUGCGAAGAAGGAGCUAACGGGAAUGACUUGGAAUAAUUGGAAUGGUGGAUUUGAAGCUGUUUUCCCGCAUGUGAUGGCGAUAGUGGCUGCUCUGUGGUUGGCUAUAUGGGUAUUUCAUCUGAUCGCCUCUCGGGAUCAUGUGUUUGGCUUUAGGUCGGACAGGACAGGCUUUGUUGAAUUGUACAACGCGAGCUUGAGAGCUUACUGA